AAGCCGGCCGCGCUUUGCGACGGAGCCGUAAAAGCACGCGGGAGCGGGAGAAUGGCGCUGUACGCGGCCGCGGCCGCCGUGCUGGCGGGCGUGGAGAACCGCCAGGGCUCCAUCAAGGGGCUGGUGUACGCCAGCAGUUUCCAGAACGUGAAACCGCUGUACGCGCUGGUGUGCGAGACGCAGCGCUACGCCGCCGUGCUGGACGCCGUGAUCGCCAGCGCCGGCCUCCUCCGCGCCGAGAAGAAGCUGCGGCCGCACCUGGCCAGGGUGUUAGUGUAUGAGUUGUUGCUGGGAAAGGGCUUCCGAGGGGGUGGGGGCCGAUGGAAGCCUCUACUGGGCCGGCACCAAGCGAGGCUGAAGGCUGAGUUGGCGAGGCUCAAGGUACAGCGGGGUGUGAGCCGAAACGAGGACUUGUUGGAAGUGGGACCCAGGCCUGGCUCAGUCUCCCAGGUGCCUCGAUUUGUGCGAGUGAACACUCUCAAGACCUGCUCUGAUGAUGCAGUCGAUUAUUUCAAGAGACAAGGUUUCUCUUACCAGGGCCGGGCUUCCAGCCUGGAGGACUUGAGGGCCCUGAAGGGGAAGCACUUUCUUCUGGAUCCCUUGGUGCCUGAGCUGCUUGUGUUUCCUGCCCACACAGACCUGCAUGAACAUCCUCUGUACCGUGCAGGCCACCUCAUCCUGCAGGACAAGGCCAGCUGCCUCCCAGCCAUGCUGCUGGCUCCGCCACCAGGUUCUCAUGUCAUUGAUGCAUGUGCUGCCCCAGGCAAUAAGACCAGUCACUUGGCAGCUCUGCUCAAGAACCAGGGGAAGAUCUUUGCCUUUGACCUGGAUGCCAAACGGCUGGCGUCAAUGGCCACUCUGCUGGCCCGGGCUGGUGUCUCGUGCUGCGAGUUGGCUGAGGCCGACUUCCUAGAAAUCUCACCAAUGGACCAGCGUUACAAUCGUGUCCAGUACAUCUUGCUGGAUCCUUCCUGCAGUGGCUCUGGUAUGCCGAGCAGGCAGCUGGAGGAGCCGGGGCCAGGCAGGCCUAGCAGGGAGCGCUUGUGUGCCCUGGCGGGGUUCCAGCAGCGAGCGCUGUGCCACGCGCUCUCUUUCCCCUCCUUGCAGCGCCUCGUCUACUCCACGUGCUCCCUUUGCCAGGAGGAGAAUGAAGAUGUGGUCCGGGAUGCACUGCAGCAGAACCCAGGGUCCUUCAGGUUAGCUCCUGUCCUGCCCUCCUGGCCCCAUCGGGGCCUCAGCACUUUCCCAGGGGCUGAGCAUUGCCUACGAGCCUCUCCUGAGACCACACUCACUGGUGGUUUCUUCAUUGCUGUGUUUGAACGGGCAGAGGGGCCAAGCUCAGCCUCACAGGCAGCAGCUGUGGCACCAGAACUUGCACCCAGCCCGGCCCCAAAGAGAAAGAAGAGACGGCGAAAGCCUGCACCUGCUGUGUAGGCCGCAGUUGCACCGCUGAUCCUGCCCUGGGAAAGGGGACGGCGGCUGCCCUGUGGCUGGCCAGUCAGCGUGUGGGCUCUGAAAGGCGGCUGUUACUGCCGAAGCCCUGCUCCUCCAGGUGGAAGGACAAGAGCAGGGAUGUAGCUAGUCCUUUGGGUCCCUCCCCUGGGCUGCCUACAUAAAUAAAAGACAGAGGAGUCUGACAGGUCACAGUUUUUUAUUCUUAAUGACAUAAGCAAGGAGAAAACCUCACAUUCAUACUAAAAAGUCCACCUAGACUCGACAGGAAUUAAGUCUUUAUUUGUAAUGGAAAGUCCAGCCUCCUGUUCCGUCCAGCGCACGAACACGUCCAUGUCCACACUCACGCCCAGGCUGUAGCAGGCCCCACCCCCAAGGGGUUCUUGGACCCAGCAGCCUGCUGUGGAGCUGAGGUGAACUGUGGGACUAGAACCAGGAGGAUCUGCCUGGCCAGACCGAGGCAGAAGCCUCGCUGCUAGACCUAUGCCCCCACCCCGCCAACCCCAAACAGGUGUGGGACUUGAGGUGCAGGCUCCUUCCUCAGCCCCACACAGCCAAGCUGGCAGGUGCCCCACUCUCCUGGGUGGGAGCAGUCCCCUGCCACCAGACAUUCAGCCUCAGUCACAAAGGGUACUACAGCUACGUCACAUUGUUCAUAAAAUAAAGAGAUACAUUUAUAACAGACACGUCCAGAAGGAGCUCAGCCCCUCGGAAAGCUGCCUGGGACAGCACUUGGGCCCCUUCUUCACACAGGUGAACCUAACUAGACGGCUAACUCCUAGUCAACAGCAUUUAUACUUAACCACCUCAAUGAACCAAGCUUGAAGGAAUUUAAAAGGCAAUUUAGCUUAAAUACAAAAAUAAAUUUUUAUUUUGUUAAAAAA